AAUUGAAAAGAGAUUUAUUUAAAUAAACUAAUAAAUUAUUUAAUGGCUUAUUUAAAUCAUUUAAUAAAUUUUUCUACUCGUAGAGAGAGUGUAAUAAUAAUCUUUACUAUUUGUUAACGACUGUUCAGAAUACAAUAAACGUAAUUUGAUUUGUAAUUUGAUUUAGGUAAUAAGACAAAGGAUGCGUUCCGUUUCACACAUUGAGCGGAUAGAUCGCCUGGAAAUCUAUAGUUCACGUUACAUAUAUUAUAGAUUUCCAGGCGAUUUAUGCGCUCAAUGCGUGAAACGGAACGCACCCAAAGUCUGCAUUGGUCUAGUUUACACCGAUAUACUUUAAUACGUAUUAAGUAUUACAUUGGUCAAUCAUAGUCAUUCCUUGAAACAGCUGUGAUUGGACAGUAUAGUAUUUAGUAUGUAUUAAAGUAUAUCGGUGUAAACUAGGACAAUAUCUAAAGUUUUUUGUCUAAAACAGUCUAGAGUUCUCCGAGAUUGCGUUCGAAAAUCUAUCGUCUGAUAAAAUAACUUUUAAUUGACCAAUCAGGAUAAAAAGAUCAUUGUUAUGAUACGAGAACUCUGUCCGAGUUCUAAUAUCGUGGAUAGAAAGCUUUAGGCUCAAAGUUAGGAAAAAAUGAAAUAAAAUGGAAAGUUUAUAGAAGAUGUAGCUUAAAAGAACACACAUUAUUUACACUAUUUCGAGAAUAUAAAAAGUUAAAGAGUUAAAUAGUUGGUAUCUCUUUUUUUAAACCUAAAGUUGGCAGUGAAUUUUAAAGGUAAAUAUAUAAAUAGUACGUAAGGUACUCGCGCGAUGAUGCGUCAACGGAUUUUCAAAUAUAAACAUAGACUUCGUAUUUUCUUAUCGCAAUUGUGAGAUUGUUGAGGUAAUUGCAAGAUAAUUACAGUCAACAAUUUGAAACGGUUGGCAAAACAUAACGUAAUUAUAAUGGACGAGAUCGCUUUUAAUACAAACAACGUGUUCAUCUCCGCAAAAGAUGUAGGUCAUAUGGUGUGGGAGCUGAAGAGCUAUUUAUCUCAAAAUCAUCAUAAGGGAAAUGUUGAUGAAGUCUUAUACAGUUUGUCGCGAUUUACACGUGAUCAUCAUCCGGAUAAAUAUGAUCACAUGGCAGCGGAUUGGCUAUUUGUAUUAAACACCAUGAAUUUUGCACUUUGGAAUCCAAAGAAUACCAAGCAAUGGACAGUUGAUGAACUAACUGGAUAUCAAGCAUUAUGUGCUGCUAUUAAAAGAGCGAUUGAUAACGAUAUGCCAAUAUGGGAUCCAAAUUAUUACACAAAGUUAACGCAAUGUAACCUUGAAAUCAUUUUCAAAAGUGACGAUGGAGAAACUAGCAUCCCACUUAUACAUGAAAGACUUAGAAUUUUGCAUCAAGUUGGAGAAGUUUUGUUAAGCAGAUAUGAAGGUAGUUUCAAGCGAUGUAUCCAAUUGUGUGAAAACAAUCCACUAGUAUUGAUGACCACAAUUGUGAGUGAAUUCGAAUCAUAUCAAGAUAAGCCAACAUACGACUCUAAGGAAGUUGAUCUAUACACCAAGGCUCAGACAUUAGUAAGCGAUAUAUGGUUUUGUUUUAAGGGACAUGAACUCAGUUUUGAUUAUAAUCCAACUUUGAUGGAGUCUACUAUAUUUGCCGAUCAUCGCAUUUCUCAAGUUCUUCUUCAUUUUAAAGUUCUUAAAUAUAGUGAAGAACUUAUGGCCAAAUUAGAAAACAACGAGCCGCUGGAGUAUGGGAGCACAGAAGAAAUAGAGAUACGUAGUUGCUCGCUCUACGCAGUGGAACUGCUGGAAGAAGUAAUGUUGCGAACAUGUCACGAUUUUAUGAAGAAUAAUAAUAUUAAAAAUGAAAUUGGUUAUAAAAUUCUAAUCGAUAAUUUCUUGUGGGAUUAUCGACAUGCACACGAUCAGCUACUGAUGGAGACACAACCAUUUCCAAAUAUUAAAUGUGUGAACGUCAUGGCUGAAGGUAAUAGCAGUGAUGUAAUGGAAUCGUUGUCGGCGGCCGAAUUUAUCGCUGAAAAGGCACAAGAUGUAUCCAUCAAUGAAGAUGCCAUCAAGUCAUUGGCAUCGCACGUGCUGGUGUGGUUUAAAAAUACUAUUGAAAGUGAAGAGAUAAGAGACAUGACUGAUACAAUCGCAAACAAAUUCCUGCGAAAAUAUGAUGUUUAUCCACAUAAAGAUGAUCCCAGAGCGGCGGAUUGGCUGUUUGUGUUGCAUACAUUGAAUUUUUCACUCUGGCAUCCAAAAGGUACUAAGCAAUGGACAGUUGAUGGUGAACACGGAUAUCUUGCACUAUGCUUUGCUAUUAAAAGGACCAUUGAUAAAAAGAUGCGUAUAUGGGUUCCUAAUUGUUACUCAAGAAUGACACAAAGUGAGUUCGAAUACAUGUUCCGAGGUGAUGAUAGCGAAACUACUAUUCCACUUAUACAGGAAAGACUUAAGAUUUUACAUGAAGUUGGAGAAGUUUUGUUGAAUAAGUAUAAAGGUACUUUUACAGAAUGUAUUAAAUUAUCUGGAAACAACGCAGAUAAUUUGGUAAAAUUACUUUUCGAUGAAUUCGAGAUAUAUCGAGAUGAAGCAGUAUACGAAGGCAAAAAGAUUCGUUUUUGUAACAAAGCUAGAGCACUAGUAAACGACAUAUGGAGUUACUAUAAGAAAUGUGAACCUAAAUUUGAACUAGAUAAAAAGAAUUUGAUGUCUACGAUGUUUAUAAAUUAUCGUGCUCCCGAAAUUCUCUUUCAUUACGGAGUUCUUCGUUAUAGUGACAAGCUCGUGACUAGAUUCAAAAAUAGCAAGGAACCGCUUGAGCAUGGAAGCAGGGAAGAACUUGAGAUACGCGGUUGCUCAUUUUUCGCUGCUAAAAAAGUAUCCGAAGAAGUAUGGAAGAUAAGCAGGAAUUACAUAGAAGAUAUACCUAUUCUAAAGACAGAUCAUUUUAUGGUACCGGUGCUGGUCGAUAAUUACUUGUUCGUAUCUCUAAUUGAAAUUUUGGAUAAAGAAAAUAAGGACCAAGAACCAUUCCAUUAUAUCAGAACGGUGCACUAUUAGAACACCAUUAUCGUUAAUUUGAAACUAUCUUUUCAAACGUAUAGCAAUUGCUUUUAUAAUAAUAUGUCAUUAUGAAGUACAACAUACUCUGCAUUAGUGUAGUGUAAUAUCUUUUUUUAAUCAUUAUUAGAAGACUUCUUUUUAUUCUUAAUAAUUAGUAG